UGAGGCGUCCCUGGAAGCGUGUUGGUGUUAGCGACAGAGUGAGGCAGUGUCCCUCCCUCCCAGCCAGACCCCUCACAGGAGCCUCCAUAGGCAACAGGAGGGGCCUAUAUAUUUAAUUCCUGUCCCCCACAAAGGUGCCUGGGGACAUGGUGGCAGAGAAAGAUGGUUCGAGCCCCCCGAAACUCACUAGAGAGAGACCCCAACAACAACAGCAGCCACUGGGGCAGCUGAGGAGAACCAAGCAGCAGGUCACCGAUGGAUUCACUGUUAAAGCCAUGAUGAGAAACACUGUGGUAAGAGGACCCCCAGUUGCAGGAGCAUUUAAAGAAAGACCAACAAAGCCUACAGCAUUUCGCAAGUUUUAUGAGCGAGGAGACUUCCCAAUUGCCCUUGAGCAUGAUACAAGAGGAAAUAAAAUAGCCUGGAAGGUGGAGAUUGAGAAACUGGACUAUCAUCACUAUCUGCCUCUGUUUUUUGAUGGGCUUUGUGAAAUGACAUUUCCCUAUGAGUUUUUUGCUCGGCAAGGAAUCCAUGACAUGCUGGAACAUGGGGGAAACAAGAUUCUUCCAGUCAUUCCUCAGCUCAUUAUCCCAAUAAAAAAUGCACUGAACCUUCGUAACCGACAGGUCAUCUGCAUCACGCUCAAAGUCCUCCAGCACCUGGUAGUGUCAGCUGACAUGGUGGGGGAAGCCUUGGUGCCCUAUUAUCGUCAAAUCCUCCCCAUCCUAAACAUCUUUAAGAAUAUGAAUGUGAAUUCAGGAGACGGUAUUGACUACAGCCAGCAGAAGCGUGAAAAUAUUGGAGAUUUGAUUCAAGAGACACUGGAAGCUUUUGAGCGCUAUGGUGGAGAAGACGCUUAUAUCAACAUUAAAUACAUGGUCCCUACCUAUCAGUCGUGCUUGUUAAACUAACAGAUAGGACAGUUGUGUCAACGGGAUGAUUCCAUUUGUAUUCUCAAAGGCUAUAACCAAUUCUGUAUAAUAUCGUGUUGUUCAUGCUUUCUUCCUCUACAGCUGCUAAAGUAGUGGCUUCUGGACCAUUAAACUGCUAGCACUGUUGUGAACAAGUCUUUCCAAUACAUAAAUAGUGCCUGUUCCUUAGAUUACAAUGGUGUACUGUGCUUAUUUGUUCUGCGAAAGAAUUACUUCUUUAUAACAGAGCUGACUGGAGCAGAAGUCAGAGUUAAACCUUCAAUUGUGUAGACAAUAAAACUAUAAUUUUCAUACACAAUUCAGCAAUUGCUGUUCUGUGUCCACUUGCCAUGGGGGUGAUGCCAGGGGUUGUAACAAGAAGAGUUUAUGCUGACUGCUUAAUAGGUGUUUGUGAUGGAAAAGAAAGUUCAGCAAUGCCUCUCCAGCAGCUGAGCAAAAUGAUGUGCUCUGAUAUACAAUAAAACUGUUGAAUGUAUAUACCAAUUACAGUAGGAAACUUUCUACAGUCCAUUAUAAAGCUCUGUGAUAAAAAUUAAUUAAUGUUUCUUCCUCACUCAUGAUAUGGGUUUCCAGGUGUUUUCCUUUUUAUGUAGUUUGGGUUCUUAUUUAGGAAAAUAUAACAUGUGAGAGUCGUUUUAAAAAAAAAUCUCAAAUUUAUCAGCUGGGAUAAGGCGAAUAUAGAUUCAUAGAUUCUAGGACUGGAAGGGAGCUCGAGAGGUCAUCGAGUCCAGUCCCCUGCCCGCAUGGCAGGACCAAAUACUGUCUAGACCAUCCCUGAUAGACAUUUAUCUAACCUACUCUUAAAUAUCUCCAGAGAUGGAGAUUCCACAACCUCCCUAGGCAAUUUAUUCCAGUGUUUAACCACCCUGACAGUUAGGAACUUUUUCCUAAUGUCCAACCUAGACCUCCCUUGCUGCAGUUUAAGCCCAUUGCUUCUUGUUCUAUCCUUAGAGGCUAAGGUGAACAAGUUUUCUCCCUCCUCCUUAUGACACCCUUUUAGAUACCUGAAAACUGCUAUCAUGUCCCCUCUCAGUCUUCUCCUUUCCAAACUAAACAAACCCAAUUCUUUCAGCCUUCCUUCAUAGGUCAUGUUCUCAAGACCUUUAAUCAUUCUUGUUGCUCUUCUCUGGACCCUUUCCAAUUUCUCCACAUCUUUCUUGAAAUGCGGUGCCCAGAACUGGACACAAUACUCCAGCUGAGGCCUAACCAGAACAGAGUAGAGCGGAAGAAUGACUUCUCGUGUCUUGCUCACAACACACCUGUUAAUACAUCCCAGAAUCAUGUUUGCUUUUUUUGCAACAGCAUCACACUGUUGACUCAUAUUUAGCUUGUGGUCCACUAUAACCCCUAGAUCCCUUUCUGCCGUACUCCUUCCUAGACAGUCUCUUCCCAUUCUGUAUGUGUGAAACUGAUUUUUUCUUCCUAAGCGGAGCACUUUGCAUUUGUCUUUGUUAAACUUCAUCCUGUUUAACUCAGACCAUUUCUCCAAUAUGUCCUGAUCAUUUUGAAUUAUGACCCUGUCCUCCAAAGCAGUUGCAAUCCCUCCCAGUUUGGUAUCAUCCGUAAACUUAAUAAGCGUACUUUCUAUGCCAAUAUCUAAGUCAUUAAUAAGAUAUUGAACGGAGCCAGUCCCAAAACAGACCCCUGCGGAACCCCACUCAUUAUGCCUUUCCAGCAGGAUUGGGAACCAUUAAUAACAACGCUCUGAGUACGGUUAUCCAGCCAGUUAUGCACCCACCUUAUAGUAGCCCCAUCUAAAUUGUAUUUGCCUAGUUUAUCGAUAAGAAUAUCAUGUGAGACCGUAUCAAAUGCCUUUCUAAAGUCUAGGUAUACCACAUCCACAGCUUCUCCCUUAUCCACAAGACUCGUUAUGCUAUCAAAGAAAGCUAUCAGAUUGGUUUGACAUGAUUUGUUCUUUACAAAUCCAUGCUGGCUAUUCCCUAUCACCUUACCACCUUCCAAGUGUUUGCAGAUGAUUUCCUUAAUUACUUGCUCCAUUAUCUUCCCUGGCACAGAAGUUAAACUAACUGGUCUGUAGUUUCCUGGGUUGUUUUUAUUUCCCUUAUUAUAGAUGGGCACUAUAUUUGCCCUUUUCCAGUCUUCUGGAAUCUCUCCGUCUCCCAUGAUUUUCCAAAGAUAAUAGUUAGAGGCUCAGAUACCUCCUCUAUUAGCUCCUUGUAUAUGUAUUAUAUAUCCCAAAACAAAGUUCUAUAUUAACCAAACAUUGCAGAGUUGUUUAUAUAAAAAGGACACUAGUAUUUUUCAUAGCUCUUAACAUCUUUUUUUAAUUGUUUAUAGUUUAUAAUUGUUUGUAAGUUUCCUCACUAAAUAAGUUGUUGUCACCCUUGCAUCUCCAUAGCAGGUUGUUUUCAUAGCCUUGCAUGUAAUGAGGCUUUUGGAAUUGAUUUUAUUAAUUUAAAUACAUAGAUAUAAAGUACAUCAAUAAAGAAUUACAUGAACUUCA